AUGGAAAAUUGUCCCGUAUUUCCUUCCUCCCCAGAGGCCCUAAAAACAGAGAUAUGGUCUUCGAGAGGCGUCCCGCCUAAGCCAUCGGACUUCACCAAAAUCACAUCGGAAGAUGUGGCCAUUGUCGGGAUGGCCUGUCGUACCGCUGGUGGCAACGACAGCCCAGAAAAGCUGUGGCAGUUUCUCCUUGGAGCCAAAGAUGCCUCUGGCGAAGUACCGCGCAAGCGAUGGGAGCCAUGGCUGCGGAGAGAUGUGCGAAAUGCAAAGGAAAUAGAGAAAACAAUCUCGAAAGGCUAUUUCAUCGACACUUUAGACAACUUCGAUGCGUCCUUUUUCGGUAUCUCGCCGAAGGAGGCGGAGCAGAUGGAUCCCCACCAACGCUUAGCACUGGAACUCAGCUGGGAAGCUCUCGAGGAUGCAGGCAUUGAUCCCAAGAGCCUUUCAAGCUCUGAUACGGCCGUCUACAUGGGUGUUGAUUCCGACGAUUACUCGCGCCUGCUACUCGAGGACAUACCCAACAUUGAAGCAUGGAUGGGUAUCGGAACGGCUGCACAUGGUGUCUCGAAUCGUGUCUCAUACCAUCUCGACCUUAUGGGACCCAGUACUGCCGUCGAUGCCGCAUGCGCAUCAUCUCUCGUAGCCGUCCACUUGGGAUGUCAAUCCAUUUUAAAUGACGAGUCCCAGGUGGCUAUCGUUGGCGGUGUCAACGUGCUCCUCGCACCAUCCUUGACUCGAAUGCUGGGCAAGGCCGGAGCUUUAUCACCCGAAGGUAUCUGCCGCUCCUUCGACGAUGCAGCCAACGGCUAUGCUAGGGGCGAAGGUGGAGCUGUUCUUAUUCUCAAGAAGCUUUCCGCCGCAAUUCUGGACGGUGACAGCAUCCUUGCCACGCUCAAAGGCAGUGCCAUUGCUCAAGAUGGUAAGACCAAUGGCAUCAUGGCCCCCAAUGCCAAAGCACAAGAGCUUGUGGGUCGACAGGCUCUAGAGAGAGCCGGCAUUGAUCCAUUAACCGUCGGUUUUGUGGAGGCGCAUGCAACGUCAACACCGUUGGGUGACCCGGUCGAGAUUUCGGCAAUCUCGGCAGUGUACGGGAAUGAUAGACCCGCUGGAUCCCCGGUCCAUGUUGGCUCCAUCAAGCCGAAUGUCGGGCACCUUGAGGCCGCCGCCGGCGCAAUUAGCGUAAUAAAAGCUGUUUUAACUGUCAAUAAGGGACAGCUUGCACCCCAGGCACACCUCAACAAACUCAACUCAAGAGUGGACUGGGAGAACUCUGGCCUGGAGCCUGUGCGCGAGACAACCAAUUGGUCUCAACAGUAUGGACCCAGACGCGCAGCGGUGUGCUCCUAUGGUUACGGCGGCACGGUUUCUCAUGCCAUUGUCGAAGAAUUUGCGAAUGAAACCAUCCAAGACACCCAGAAGCAUGAUACCGAAUCGCCCGUGCUCCUCACCCUGUCAGCUCCCCAUGAGAAACGACUACGGCCUCAAGCUAAAGUCCUUAGUCAGUGGCUCUCAUCUUUGGUCGGUCAGGCCACAGAGCUUAGCGUUGUUGCCAACACAUUGACACAACGCCGAGCACAUCAUGACUACCGAGUAGCCUUUGUCGCCAAAAGCCACGAUGAGGUCAUCUCAGCUUUAGACCAAUUUGUCUUAGGUAGCGAGGGCGAUACUGUGACGUUCAUCCAAGGACGAGCCGUGAGCACCAUCCCACCUGUCUGGGUUUUCUCGGGCCACGGUGCGCAGUGGAAAAACAUGGGCAGAGGUCUGCUGCAGAAUUUGGCUUUCUGUCGCGCGAUUUCUGACCUGGAUGCUAUCAUCCAGCGAGAGGCAGGUUUCUCGGCCACCGAAGCCCUGAGUAAUGACGACUUUGAUGCUUCUGAGCGUGUGCAAAUUUUGACAUACGUAAUCCAAAUCGGAUUGAGUCAAGUUCUCCAGUCAAUGGGUGUAAAGCCUCUUGCUAUAAUUGGCCACUCUGUGGGAGAGAUUGCCGCCAGUGUCGUCGGUGGUUGCUUGACUGCAGAAGAAGGUGCGUUGAUUGUCACAAGACGAGCAAGACUUUACUCCAUAGCCCGCGGUGAGCGCCUUGGAGGAAUGGCCCUCGUUGGCAUGUCUUUUGAACAAGCCCAAACGACCUUAGGAAACCGAAAAGACUUGGUCGCCGCUAUUAACUCGUCACCCACAACCUGUGUCGUGAGUGGCACCGCUGUCGCUGUUGAACAGUUCGUCGAAGAUAUGGAAGCCUCUGGUGUCCGAACAUUCCGUGUUAAGACAGAUGUUGCGUUUCAUAGCCCCAUGUUGGAGGAGCUAGAACUGCCGUUGAGAGAUGCUUUGGCCGCAUCGAUCCAUCCUCAACCUGCUCGAGUUCCCGUUUACUCAACGUCAAAUACCAAUCCUCGUGUCGAUGGGCUACGGGAUAUUGACUACUGGGUUAACAACAUGAUAAACCCUGUGCAGCUGCAAGGGGCAGUCAGAGCGGCUGCUGAGGACGGAUACCGGGCUUUUGUCGAGGUUUCAUCACAUCCUAUUGUUCUUCACUCAAUCAAUGAGACAAUAGCGGAUUACGGGCUUAACGAGGACGAGUUUGCUACCAUCCCCACCAUGAAGCGUAACACAUCAACCGCUCAAUCUCUUCAAAUGGCAGUGGCUCAGCUGUACGUCCAAGGGGCGCAUGUGGACUUUAAAUCCCAAUUCAGUCCUAGGCCUAAGUGGUCUCGAGAGGUUCCUGGGACCCAGUGGAUGCAUCAACCAUACUACAAGCAGGUUGAGACUGGCCCCUUGGAGGACGGCACCAUCCACGAUGUCGACAAGCACACUCUUUUGGGCUCGCGCACGGUUGUCGCAGGCACAGACAUAGUGCUUUUUAAAACAAAGCUCGACGACAGGAGCAAACCCUUCCCUGGGUCACAUCCGCUGGAUGGAACUGAGAUCAUCCCUGCGGCGGUUUACAUAAACACCUUUCACCAUGCCACUGGCGCUAACGUUCUCAGCGAUAUCAAGCUGAAAACUCCAGUCUCUAUGGGCCAUGAGACACGGAAUCUCCAAAUUGUCGUCAAUAAAGACAGCGUAUUUGUGGCGACAAGUGCUAUACCGCAGCCAAUAUCUACAGAACCGACGGUAGAGCAAACCUGGGUCGCACACAGCUCCUGCCAAUGGACUAAUCUUGAGAUACCCGAUGAGAUUGUUACUCAGAACCUUAACAUCACGGCGAUCAAACAACGCAUUGGUACGAUGCUGCCCAGCAACUUCGCUGUUGAGUAUUUGUCCGGGAUCGGUGUUGCAGGUAUUGCAUUCCCUUGGGAAGUAAUCGAACACUACGGAAAUGCCGACGAAAUGAUUGCUAAAGUUGACAUGGACCCAACUGUGGAGAAGGUGACAUGGGACAUUCACUCGUGGGCUCCCAUGCUCGAUGCUGCUACUUCGGUGGGAUCGACCAUUUUCUUCAGCGACCCAAAAAUGCGCAUUGUUUCGCAGAUUGACCGGGUGUGGCUCGUCUCCAAAGAGCCUCUGCCAAAAAUUGGGUAUUUGUAUAUCGAGGCGGCAGCAGACGCGAAGAGUCCAGCUGCUCAUGUCAGUGUUCUGAGCGAGGAGGGAGAUCUUCUCGCGAAAUUUCACGCUAUGCGCUUCUCCGAACUUGAAGAUGCUUCUCGCAUCAGCGGAAGCACAGAAAGUCUUGUGCAUCGCAUUGCUUGGGUGCCGCCGAAGUUCUCAGAAAAGCCACGUCAAUUCAACAAUAUUGUACUCGUUUCAGGAGACGAGGUAAAGUCUCGUUCCUAUGCUCAGCAGCUUCAGUUUAUUGCUUCUGGAAUCUUCACCUUUCGAAGUGCACAGGAAGUGAAAGACUACGCUGGAACAGAUGUACAAAUGGCUCUGGCCCAGCGAGGCGCUGCUAUUGUCUACAUUCCCGCUUCGGUCGAGCUACUCAAUGAUGUUGCCGCUUCCACAGAGGAAUUCAUCUGGCAAACUGUUAGCCUGGCCAAGUUCAUUGAAACCAAGUCGCUCUCUAGCACUUGUAAACUUUUUGUCGUCACUAACCGGGUACAUUGUGGAUCCGUGACUACACUGGCUCACCAGGCUUUGUACGGGCUGGCGCGGAUUAUUGCGUCGGAGCAUCCAGACCUUUGGGGCGGUCUUCUAGAUACGGACAAGCCUGAAGAAUUCCCUUCGAUGGCAGCAAAGUAUGUCCAAGGGCAGGAAAUUGUGCGCAUCGUCGACGGACUUCCUAGGUGUGGGGUAAUGCGGCCACUCGCCGCUGAUCAACGCCAUCAGCCCGAUGCCAUGAAGACGUUGCUUCCGAAGCCAGAGGGUACAUACGUGAUUACAGGUGGCUUGGGUGAUUUUGGCCUGGAGACUUGCAGUUUCUUGGUGGAAAAGGGUGCCCGCCGCAUUGUAACCAUCUCCCGCAGUGGACUCCCUCCUCGACGCCAGUGGGCAGGAUUGGUAAGGGAAAGUGGCAGUAAAAUGGCCGAGGUCAUUGAGCGAGUGCAGAGCCUGGAGAAGCUCGGUGCUACAAUUCACGCUUUAUCUCUGGACCUUUCCGCUCCGGAUGCCUCUCGAGCCCUUCUGGUCGCACUUGAGGGUCUUGGUCUGCCUCCCGUCUUGGGUGUGAUUCACGCUGCUGGGACCUUGGAGGACAGCCUGUUGAUGGAGACAACGAGAGAUUCAUUCGCCAGAGUCCUUGCUCCGAAAGUGAGCGGGGCACUCGCGCUCCAUGAAGCCUUCCCUCCCAACUCGCCAGACUUCUUUGUUCUAUAUUCGAGUAUUGGCCAACUUGUUGGCACAGCCGGACAGGCUUCUUAUGGUUCUGGUAAUGCAUUCCUGGAUGGACUGGCAACUCAUCGUCGGGCAAAGGGUGACAAUGCUGUGUCGUUCCAAUUCACGGCAUUGCGCGGAAUGGGCAUGGCGAAGAACACAGAUUUCCUGGCGGUAGAGCUUCAGAGCAAGGGAAUUACCGACAUCUCAUGUGAUGAGGCCUUCCGAGCCUGGGAGCAUGCCAGCAAGUAUGACAUUGAUAGUGCAGUUGUCACGCGUUGCAUUCCCAUCGACGACGACGCGACGGCGCCCAUACCCCUCCUUGAAGGGGUCGUUGCCAGGCGCCCCAAGAUGCUCUUGACUUCAGUUGGGCCCGGGGAGAGCGUUGGUGCAGCAGAGUCACGACCUACAGAUCCACAGGAGCUGGAGAAGUGGAUCAAUGCCAAGAUUAGGGAGUGCAUUGCCAGUGUACUUCUGAUGUCGGACAUCGACGACAUAGAUCCGCGUAUGCCAGUGGCGGACCUUGGCGUUGACAGCGUCAUGACAGUGGCUUUACGGGAAAAGCUUCAGUCGGCUCUGAAGGUAAAAGUGCCUUCGACUUUGACUUGGAACCACCCAACUGUGAACCACCUGGUUCAGUGGUUUGUAGCUAGAUUCGGACAGGAAUAG